AGCAACACUAGUCAGAUUGAGAGUUUGAUGAAGAGAGAAACGGUGUGUUUAACGGAGUUUGCAGGAAAAGGUGAUCUAGUAAACAUGAGUAAAGUCCAAAUGCUGCUGUCGUUGAAGAAGCAGCGACUCACUGCUGCUGCUGAAGAUAUAUUUGCUCUGUUUGAACAAACGAUAGCAGAGCUCGAGGAGGAACUGUCUCUUUCCAAAGAGGAGAACGAGAGACUCCAGAAACUACUGGACGCUGUUUUACAGCCUGAGCUUCGGAUACACAGUGCAGAUGUCCAGCUGCUGGUGGUGGUUAAAGAAGAGGUUCUCCCUGACCAGCAGGAGUGGAGCACCAGUCUGGACCAGGAGGACCCAAAGCCCCCCACACACAUUAAGCAGGAACAGGAGGAACACAGGAUCAGUCAGGAGGGAGAGCUGCUUCAGGAGCUGGAGGAGGCUGAUAUCAUCAAGUCCACUUUCACUCCUGACCCUGUGAAGAGUGAAGAUGAUGAAGAGAAACCUCAGUCCUCACAGCCUCAUCAAAGACAAACGGAACACAUGAAAACAGCAGCUGAUGGAGAUGACUGUCGAGGACCAGAACCAGCCAGGAACUCAGAUCCAGAGAGCAGUUUACAACCAAAGAAUGAGGACGACACUGGAGACUCUUCUGAACCUGACACUGGAGACUCUUCUGACCCUGACGCUGAAGACAGUUCUGAUUGGAAGGAGACCAGAGAACCUGCAUCAGGCUCAAACUCACUGAAAAAUAGACAAGAAUCCGUCAGUGAUUCAAGCCGUAGUGCUGUAAAGAAACAAUUUGGCUGCUCUGUGUGUAUGAAAUAUUUUGCACAGAAACAAAGUAUAAAUCGACACAUGAGAAUCCACACAGGAGAGAAACCACACAGCUGCUCAGUUUGUGAGAAAUCUUUUUCACGGAGUGAACAUUUAAAGGAACACUUGAAAAUCCACACAGGAGAGAAACCACACAGCUGCUCAGUUUGUGAGAAAUCUUUUUCACGGAGUGAACAUAUAAAGGAACACAUGAGAAUCCACACAGGAGAGAAACCACACAGCUGCUCAGUUUGUGAGAAAUCUUUUUCACGGAGUGAACAUUUAAAGGAACACAUGAGAAUCCACACAGGAGAGAAACGAUACAGAUGCUCAGUCUGUAAGAAACCUUUUUCACGGAGUGGAAAUUUAAAGUCACACAUGAGAGUCCACACAGGAGAGAAACCACACAGCUGCUCAGUCUGUGAGAUAGCUUUUUCACGGAGUGGAAGUUUAAAGGCACACAUGAGAAUCCACACAGGAGAGAAACUACACAGCUGCUCAGUCUGUAAGAAAGCUUUUUCAAAUAAUAGAAAUGUAAAGGAACACAUGAGAAUCCACACAGGUGAGAAACCACACAACUGCUCAGUUUGUGAGAUAGCUUUUUCACGGAGUGGAAGUUUAAAGGCACACAUGAGAAUCCACACAGGAGAGAAACCACACAGCUGCUCAGUCUGUAAGAAAGCUUUUUCAAAUAAUAGAAAUGUAAAGGAACACAUGAGAAUGACGGUGUCUGGACUCAAAGAUUGUUUAUGA